AUGAAGAAGAAGGAAAAGGUGUUGCUUAUGGGCAAAAGUGGGUCCGGAAAGACUUCGAUGCGGUCUAUUAUUUUUAGUAAUUACAUUGCUCGAGAUACAAGAAGACUUGGUGCAACUAUUGAUGUCGAACAUUCGAACGUCAAGUUUUUGGGAAAUUUAGUGUUGAAUUUAUGGGAUUGUGGAGGUCAAGAGGCCUUUAUGGAAAAUUAUUUUGCUUCACAAAGAGAUAGAAUUUUCAAGAAUGUUGAAGUGCUCAUUUAUGUGUUUGACGUAGAAAGUCGAGAUUGGGAAAAGGAUCUUCAUUAUUAUCAGUCAUGUCUGGAAGCCAUUCUUGCAAACUCAAAAGAAGCUCGUAUCUUUUGCUUAAUACAUAAAAUGGAUCUUGUGCCAGAAAAUCAAAGAGACCAGAUCUAUGAGCAAAGAGUGACCGAACUUCAAAAACGCUCAGAGCCAUUGAAUAUUCAAGCCUUUAGAACUUCCAUCUGGGAUGAAACACUCUAUGCUGCUUGGUCCAAAAUUGUGCAUUGUUUGAUUCCUAAUAUCCGUGUAUUAGAAUCACAUUUAAGUAAUUUUUGUCGUAUUUGUGAUGCUGAUGAAGUAGUAUUAUUUGAAAGAACAACAUUUUUAGUGAUUGCAACUGCUGCCACUAUCCCACAUGGAGAUCAUCAUCGAUUUGAAAAAAUCAGUAAUAUUAUAAAGCAAUUUAACCUCGGUUGUAGUCGAUCACAAACAAGAUUCAAGAGUAUGGAAAUAAGAGGCAGUAGCUUCACUGCAUUUAUCGAUGUCUUGACUAAUAAUACCUAUGCCAUGAUUGUCAUGUCAGAUCCUAAUAUACAAUCUGCCGCAACAUUACUCAAUAUCGCGGCUGCUAAAAAACACUUUGAAAAGCUUGAGACAACAAGAUAG